CGAACUUGCGCACUUUGCGUCAGUCCAGAGCCGCGCGUCUUCUGGUGCACUAUGUUCUUGCGCUCGGAACUCGGUCCUCGGUAUCUUGCGCGCGCUCUGCACUGAGCCGAAAUUUUCUUUCUCUUUCAAUUCUUCCGUGAUGGAGGCGCGCGUGCAAGAGAUAUUUUCUCAGCGAACGGUAGAAAAGAGGUGCUAUUUGCUGCAUUCAUACGUUACUGACGUCUAUGAAGGCAAAGAAAACGUGGAUUACUUCUACAACUUUCUUCCGCAACUGCUCUUGCAUCUGUUCAUCGGCAAGAACGGCAGUCCUCCGUGGAUAGGGGAGACCGCGCACGACGACGCGUCGGCUCUGAUUGGUAUUUUGGCGCCCACAAGUCCCUUGAUCAAAUACAUUAUUCUAAAGAGCGACGACAAGGACGUAAACUACUACUUUCCUGUGGUUUUUUUGCCUGCUACGACAAGAGAUUUGUUGUUGAGACAUGACUUCCAAUCGCUGCCUCCGCUCUACGCCGGGAAAUUGGACAUCUCCUGCUCGAACACCACUCAGUACAUUCGUCUCAACAUACUGGAGCUGUAUUUGUUUUAUUAUGCUGCGUACGGCGCUCAACUGAAGUCCCAUUCUAACCUGUCUAAGUUUCAGUCGCCCCCAGUAUCUGGCGUGAAAUUGCACCUGAGACCGGAGCACGGGCUGAAUCGUGGCGCGAGCACCAUAUCCAGCGCUAUAGAGAGAGUGAGUGGUUUUCGAAAGUUUGGCACUCCGGAGCAUCUGUCAGACACGUUGAAUUCUUUUUUUGGCUUUUUUUCUCAGACCCCGAAGAAAUCGGACGCCGAUCGAAGAAUUCAAAAGAGCCAUCCCUACUCUUAUGUUCUGGAGGACUAUAUGCGUUUUUUCGUGUACAAGUCAUUUGGAGAUAUCGGGCCGUUCGAGCAGCUCAGUUUCUUGGAUCGCGAAUACUACACUUGGGUUCAGUCGGAAAGCAAUCGAAUUUCUUAUACUAUUUUUCAAAUUGUGCUGGAAUUUUGGUUGAACCAAUAUGACCAUUCGACUUCCAAGACCUACUUUCCCCCUUCUCCGAUAAUCAUUGAAUGCAUCACUAUCGUGCUCAAGGCUCUCUUUCGCCAUCUGAAGACCAUGAGGGCCAGCAAAUACCCAGCCCAAGUCGAAUGCGUGCCGGCGCUAGAUCAUCGAAAUUAUGCCAAUCAAGAAGAAAUCUAUCUUUAUCUCAUUCAUUAUUCUGCUCGAAAGCCUCUUUAUUGGUUCUUUUCAAGGGCGUUCGAAUAUACGCUUUGGAGCAGCCACACGAUGAACACGCUCGCCUAUAUCGUGGAACUUUGGGUGAUGUGUACUCGUCCGUGGGCUCUAUCUUUUCCGAGUUGGAUGCCGACCGGGUCGAAUCUAUUUCCUGAACUUGAGACGACCUCAAAAUCCCACAAUUUUCAGCACUCCAUCUUGGAUUUUGUCAAAAAUUUUUGGAAAGCCGACGCUAAAUCGUCCACUUCAUCUUCUAGCGGCCUAUCCAGAUCUGGAAACGUGGACCCCGGAUCGUGCGGGUCUGAAUCAUUUGAAAACCAGUUUACCAAUGCCAAGCAGCUGCUUCAACAAGAACAAGCUAGGAAGGCCUUUGUUGCCAAAAAUUUUUUGUGGUAUGUUCCAGUUUUGAUUUGGUUUUUGAACAUGGCGCUUCGAUUUGAUUUUAGUCAGGAACUGGAGUUAGAUAUCUUCUCUUACGUCCUGUCCAGCUGGAGUCAGAAAGACCUUUUGAACAUCAUUUGGGAAUUUGAACAAUACCUUCAGACCGCGAACAAACGCACCAAUCAAAGACCAGAGAAAAAUGUGAGUCCCUCUUCGCUCGCAUCGCCCUCAAGCGUUGAAUCUGUUAUAACCGUCAUUUUGAAUUCACUUCCCCCUGGACUUCAUAUUCGACAUUGUCUUCUCAGAGAGCAUUCCGUCCUUGAUUGCGUCAGGACAAUAAUAUCUAGGCUCAGGCGCCAGGCCUCGUGUCCGGGCAACUCCGACGUCGCCUCGGAAAUGCUCAAAAGUUGCAUCCAAAUGCUCCAAUACAUAUUUCGUACAGAAGACACUAAGUUUGUGCUUGAAAAAUCUUUUAGUCCAUUCGUUGCACAAAACAAAACGUGCUCCCCUUCAAGUCCCACAGCCGAGGAUGCCGACUAUUCUAAGACCCCGAAAGGACCAACUUUUCAGAGCCGCGCUCCAUCCCUCGCCGCUGCAGAUGCUACGUUUCUUGGAGAUGAACGACUCCGGCCUAUCACCUCCGGCGAAAAUGCAACACUGGUGCGAUUUUUUUAUCAUUUAUCAAAAUUUAUCGACAGCAAAACGGACGUUUACGUCGAUUUACGAAUUCUCGCUUCCUACAAAAUCUAUGCUUGGACCGCGCUCACUUAUUUUGCCUUGCUCAUUCUAAUCUCUAUUUUCAAACUCUAUCGAGCAGGCUAGCACUUAGAAACAAAUUUCUCCUACUUUUUGCGAAAUGUUUACAGAAUUAAGAAAAUGUUUGGCGUUCUGUACAAUCUUCUUCUUAGCACCUUUUAUUAAUAAAUAAAGAGCACAGAAUCUAAAA